UCCAUUAAACAAGAAGUUUAUAAGUUAUUACAACAGAAGAAAGAUAUCUAGAAAAUUUUGCCAAACACACCGAACAUUCAUCAACAGAGAUUCCGUUCCAUUGUUACCAGUCCACCAAAUUAACAAACGGUUAAAUACAACAUGGCCGCAAAUGUCGAAAAUAUUCCAUCAAGCGCUAUUGUAAUCGAACGCCCAUAUACUUCAUAUUUGCCUGCAGAAAUAGUGGCAAACAUAUUUCAAUUGUUACCAGCAAAAAGUUUAGUGGCUGCUGGGUUGGUCUGUAGUCGAUGGAGCAAACUUGCGGAGAAAGAAUUGACGCGGAGAACGGCGUUUGUUAGUCGGAUGUUUAAAGACAGUCAGGAGUUAAGACUAAAUGGAACGAUGGAAAACAUGGAAAAGCAGGUGUACAAGUUUCUCAACGAGCUUUCAGUCGUUCCUGCUGCUGUUAUUAUUGCAAGUUUUCCAAAACUGUCGAAAGAAAAUCGUGAGAAAUUCGCGAAAUUUUGCGUCAAAGUUGCUUUGGCAUUGCCGAAGGAAUGUGCGAUUGUUGUUGGUUUGCAUAAGAUUUAUGCAAAAAGUGUAAUGGGGGAGAACAGUUGUGGACUGCCUGAAGAAGUCGAAAAUGAUGGCAUAUUAAAGGUUUCUCUUCUGGUAUUUCCUAAAGCAAAGGAUAUAAACAUCACAAAAGUUUAUGUUAACACCGAAGUGCUAAGAACGAAGAAAGAGUAUUGGCGCGAAAAACUUCGUCAAGAUAAGAAAUUUGUAUUUUUAUUGGCGAGCAGCAGAGCGUACAAGUGCGUUCCAAAGAUUUACGAGAUUUUGGACAAGAACGUUGUGCUUUGUGGUGGAUUUCUUGAAAUGGUAUUUGCUGUGAAUGGUAAUUCAAUGAAAUCGUAUCCAGUUUGUGCCUUGGCAGUUGGUGGAAAUGUUGACGUUUACAGUCGUGUUAUGUUUCGUGCGUUGAAAGAUGUAAACUCGGGGACGUUUUUGCAAACACUUCGAGAAAUGCAAUUGCCUUCCAACAUCAAAGAUCCAAGCGUCUGUUUUCUAAUAAAAUCUUAUUAUAUAAGCAAUACAAUUAUCUCCGACGAAAGUUCACGUGAGUUUCGUCGAGAGUUUCCUCGCAUGAAAGUCUUUGGUUUUUCAUGUUCCGAAGAGAUCGGCUCACAUUGUUUGGACGAUAAUCGCAAGAAUCCCAGAGACAACUCAACCCUCACUCAUGAUUUCAGUCUGGUCAUUUGUGUCGUAACAUUUCGCAAAUAAUGAGCACAUGAUGCAAAAUGCAACUAAACUGUACUGAUCAUGAAAGUUACAAGUCUCAAGAUGCUCAAUAGUAAUAUUGUAACUAGUACAAGUGCUUUAGCACACAACAUUUUACAUAAUAUUUCAUUCACUAUUUGCAAUAACUUAUAUUGCCACACAUAAAAGCACAUUAACUUUGCUCGAGAGUUUAAUCUGUACAGUUAUCAGGGUUGAACAGAGCAAGUCUAGUUCUAAAUAUAUGAAUAUUGGCACAGACUUGUCGUUUUUUGACAUGCCAAAUUUUGUGUAUUAAAGAGCUUUGCACACAAGUUUUGUAAACUAGUUUUAAAUUAAUUACCAAUCUCACAGUAUUAUGGUUCACUUAAAAAGAAAAAUUUGUUGAUGUAGUAUUAUGACUUGAAAAAUUCUGAUAAAUAUGUACCGCAAGUCUGUUAUAGUGUAAUUUAAAUGCUAAUCUUUUA